AUGAUCGUCUCUUGGAACAUUAGAGGGCUGAAUAAAGCGGGCAAAGUUAGGGAGAUCAGCUCUCGUCUCCAAAAACUAACCCCUGCAAUUUCUGCUUUAAUCGAGACAAGAGUGAAGGCAAAGAAUGAAAUGCGUAUUCGACAGAAACUGAAGUUAAAAGGUAACUAUACAGAUAACUAUUCAAACCAUGAUAAUGGCAGAAUUUGGAUCCAUUGGGAUGAUAAUAGAAGGCAUGUGGAAUCAAUGGAGAGUACGAAUCAGUUGAUACAUUGUCAGGUAAAGGAUGUACAUGGUAACUUCCUGUGUUGGAUGACAGCCAUUUACACACAAAACCAGUUGCAUCGCAGGAAGGAACUGUGGCGUGACAUACAUAAGAUUUCUGCACAACAAACUGGAUUGUGGAUCCUAAUUGGUGAUUAUAACAAUGUUCUGAAAACUGAAGACAGAAUUGGCGGAAAUGAUGUUACAGAACAUGAAUACAUAGACUUGAUUGAAAUGAUGAGUAAAACAGGACUCUAUGCAAAAGAAAGCGCUGGAGAUUAUUCCACGUGGUCGAAUAAACAGGGAGACAAUGCGAUUUACUCAAGAAUUGAUCAUGUUCUUUGCAAUGUAGAGUGGCUGCAACAUAAUGGAGAUAUAACUUUAACAAAUAUGAAUCCCAGCAUAUCUGAUCAUGACAUGCUUGUGUUAGACGAUAAUACUGAAGUCUAG